AGGUUACCUAGGGUGAAACAAAAUUACAGGCUUGGAGACUCUGGAAAAGCUCAGCAUCAGCAUUUGAGAGCCGAAGCUUGCAAAUUAUGUGAUUAAUCUACAAGUUGAUAUCAUGAUGUCAAAAUACAGUUCGGGAAGCAUAAACGCAGAGACUGCGGAAAUUAAAACGUAGGCUGUGCUGGAACAAAAAUGCAAUGAAAGAAACACUGGAUGAAUGAAUGAAGAGCCCUGCUUUGCAAUCCCUCAGCAUGGCGGGACUGCAGCUCAUGACCCCUGCUUCCUCCCCAAUGGGUCCAUUUUUUGGACUACCAUGGCAACAAGAAGCAAUUCAUGAUAACAUUUACACGCCAAGAAAAUAUCAGGUUGAACUGCUUGAAGCAGCUUUGGAUCAUAAUACAAUAGUCUGCUUAAACACUGGCUCAGGGAAGACUUUUAUUGCAGUACUACUCACUAAAGAGCUGUCCUAUCAGAUCAGGGGAGAUUUCAUUAAAAAUGGAAAAAGAACUGUAUUCUUGGUCAACUCAGCAAAUCAAGUUGCUCAACAAGUGUCAGCUGUCAGGACUCAUUCAGAUCUUAAAGUGGGAGAGUAUUCAAGUUUAGAGAUAACUGAAUCAUGGACAAAAGAGAAGUGGAGUCAGGAGUUCUCUAAGCAUCAGGUUCUGGUUAUGACAUGUCAUGUUGCUUUGACAGUUUUGAGAAAUGAAUAUUUAUCCCUGUCAAAUAUUAAUCUUCUGGUGUUUGAUGAGUGCCAUCUUGCAAUCCAGGAUCACCCAUACCGUGAAAUUAUGAAGAUCUGUGAGGAUUAUCCAUCAUGUCCUCGAAUCUUGGGAUUAACAGCUUCCAUUUUAAAUGGGAAAUGUGAUCCAGCUGAGUUAGAGGAGAAGAUCCAGAAACUGGAGAAAAUUUUAAAGAGCAAUGCUGAAACUGCAACUGAUUUGGUGGUCUUGGACAGAUAUACUUCUCAGCCAUGUGAGAUUGUUGUAGACUGUGGACCAUAUACUGACAAAAGUGGGUUGUAUGGAAGAUUACUAAAGGAACUGGAUGAAGUGCUUACUUUUCUAAAUGACUGCAACAUAUCUGUACAUUCAAAAGAAAGAGAUUCUACCUUAAUUUCGAAGCAGAUAUUGUCAGACUGUCGAGCUGUGUUGGUUGUUCUGGGACCCUGGUGUGCAGAUAAGGUAGCUGGGAUGAUGGUGAGAGAGCUACAGAAGUAUAUCAAACACGAACAAGAGGAGCUGCACAGGAAAUUUUUAUUGUUUACAGACACUUUCCUAAGGAAAAUACAUGCACUCUGUGAAGAGCACUUCUCGCCUGCCUCACUUGACCUGAAAUUUGUAACCCCAAAAGUAAUAAAGCUGCUUGAAAUCUUGCGCAAAUAUAAACCAUACGAACGGCAGCAGUUUGAAAGUGUUGAAUGGUAUAACAAUAGGAAUCAGGAUAAUUACGUAUCUUGGAGUGAUUCUGAAGAUGAUGAUGAGGAUGAAGAAAUUGAGGAGAAAGAGAAGCCAGAGACUAAUUUCCCAUCUCCCUUUACUAAUAUUUUAUGUGGAAUUAUUUUUGUGGAAAGAAGAUACACAGCAGUUGUUCUAAAUAGGUUGAUAAAAGAAGCUGGCAAGCAAGACCCGGAACUGGCUUACAUCAGUAGCAAUUUUAUAACUGGACAUGGCAUUGGCAAGAACCAGCCUCGUAACAAGCAGAUGGAAGUAGAAUUCAGAAAACAGGAAGAGGUUCUUAGAAAAUUUCGAGCACACGAGACCAACUUACUUAUUGCUACUAGUAUUGUAGAAGAGGGUGUUGACAUACCAAAAUGCAACUUGGUGGUGCGUUUUGAUUUACCCACAGAAUACCGUUCCUAUGUACAGUCAAAAGGGAGAGCUAGAGCACCAAUUUCCAAUUAUAUUAUGUUAGCAGAUACAGACAAAAUCAAAAGUUUUGAAGAAGAUCUUAAGACAUACAAAGCAAUUGAGAAGAUCCUCAGAAACAAAUGCUCAAAAUCUGUUGAUACCAAUGAAACUGAAACUGAACCCAUUGUUGAUGAUGAUGAUGUAUUUCCACCCUAUGUGUUGAGGCCAGAUGAGAACAGUCCGAGAGUUACUAUUAACACUGCUAUUGGACACAUAAAUAGGUACUGCGCUAGAUUACCAAGUGAUCCAUUUACACACCUAGCUCCCAAGUGUAAAACCCGAGAACUUCCUGAUCAUACGUUUUACUCUACUCUGUACCUGCCAAUCAACUCACCUCUACGAGCUUCAAUUGUUGGUCCUCCAAUGAGUUGUGCAAGACUGGCUGAGAGAGUUGUAGCUCUUAUUUGCUGUGAAAAACUGCACAAAAUUGGUGAACUGGAUGAUCAUUUGAUGCCAGUUGGUAAAGAAACGGUUAAAUAUGAGGAGGAGCUUGAUUUACAUGAUGAAGAAGAAACCAGUGUUCCAGGAAGGCCAGGCUCUACAAAAAGAAGACAGUGCUAUCCUAAAGCUAUUCCAGAAUGUUUGAGGGAUAGUUAUCCCAAACCUGAUCAGCCCUGUUACCUGUAUGUAAUAGGAAUGGUGUUAACAACUCCUCUACCUGAUGAGCUCAACUUCAGGAGACGAAAGCUAUAUCCUCCUGAGGAUACAACACGAUGUUUUGGCAUAUUGACAGCCAAACCUAUACCUCAGAUUCCUCACUUUCCUGUGUAUACUCGCUCUGGAGAGGUUACAAUAUCUAUCGAGCUUAAAAAAUCUGGUUUUACUCUGUCUCUGCAAAUGCUUGAGCUGAUAACACGACUUCACCAGUACAUUUUUUCACAUAUUCUUCGUCUUGAGAAACCUGCACUAGAGUUCAAACCCACAGAAGCUGAUUCAGCCUAUUGUGUUCUACCUCUUAAUGUUGUUGAUGACUCCAGCACUUUGGACAUUGACUUUAAGUUUAUGGAAGACAUUGAGAAAUCUGAGGCACGUACAGGCAUUCCCAGUACACAGUAUACAAAAGAAAUGCCUUUUAUUUUCAAGUUAGAAGAUUACCAGGAUGCAGUUAUCAUUCCACGGUGAGUACUGUAUACAUAC